AUGUUAUCUUCCUCUUUUUCUUUCUCUAUCUUCUUCUUAAUAUUCCUCUUCUUCUUCUUUUUCUUCUUCUUUUUCUUCUUUAUCUUCUUCUUUCUCUUUAUCUCCUUCUUUCUCUUCAUAUUCUUCUUUACCAUCUUUUUCUUUCUCUUUACCUUCUUCUUCUUCUUUUUCUUCUUUCUCUUAAUCUCCUUCUUUCUCUUCAUAUUCUUCUCCUUCUUUACCUUCUUUUUUCUCUUUAUCUGCUUCUUCUUUCUCUAUCUUCUUCUUUCUCUUUACCUUCUUCUUCUUCUUCUUUCUCUUUAUCUUCUUUCUCUUCAUACUAUUCAUCUUUAUCAUCUUCUUCUUUCUCUUUACCUUCUUCUUAUUCUUUCUCUUUCGUUUUCUUCCUCUUUCUCUUCAUAUUCUUCUUCUUUUUUAUCAUCUUCUUCUUUCUCUUUACCUUCUUCUCCUUCUCCUUUCCCUUCUUUCUGUUUAUCUGCUUCUUUCUUUUCAUAUUCUUCAUCUUUACCAUCUUCUUCUUUCUCUUUACCUUUUUCUUCUUCUUUUCUUUCUCUUUACUUCUUCUUCUUUCUCUUUAUCUUCUUCUUUCUUUUCAUAUUCUUCUUCUUCUUUACUAUCUUCUUCUUUCUCUUUACCUUCUUCUUCUUUCUCUUUAUCUUCUUCUUUCUCUUUACCUUCUUCUUCUUCUUCUUCUCUUUCUUUCUCUUCUUCUCAUCAUAUUCUUCUUCUUUACCAUAUUCUUCUUUCUUUUUACCUUCUUCUUCAUCUUUCUCUUUAUCUUCUUCUUCUUCUUUUUCUUUAUUUUCUUCUUUCUCUUCAUAUUCUUCUUCUUUGUCUUUAUCUUCUUUCUCUUCAUAUUCUUCUUCUUUGUCUUUAUCUUCUUCUUUCUCUUCAUAUUCUUCUUCUUUAUCAUCUUCUUCUUUCUCUUUACCUUCUUCUUUUUCUUCUUUCUCUUUAUCUUCUUCUUUCUCUUCAUAUUCUUCUUCUUCUUUACCUUCUUCUUUCUCUUUACAUUCUUCUUCUUUAUCUUCUUUCUCUUCAUAUUCUUCUCCUUUGAUUACCUUCUUCUUUUUUCUUUACCUUCUUCUUCUUCUUUCUCUUUAUCUUCUUCUUUCUCUUCAUAUUCUUCUUUUUUUCUUUUCUUCUUCUUUCUCUUUACCUUCUUUUUUCUCUUUCUCUUCUUCCUCUUCUUAUUUUUCUACUUAUUCUUCUACUUCUUUGUCUUUGAUUUCAUUAUCUUCCUCACUUUGCUAUUUUAUUUUUUCUUCAUCUUCUCCCCACUUUUUUCUCACACGUUUUCCUUCAUUUUGUCCAUUCUUUAAUUUCUUAUUCACUUCUUUCUUUCUUUUUCCUUUAAACGUCUUCUUCCCUUUCUUCUUCUUCCCUUUCUUUUUCUUCUUCUUCCUCUUCUUCUUCCCUUUCUUCUUCUUCUUCUUCUUCUUUCAUCUACCGUGA